AUCUUCAUUAUCAGCAUCUUAAGGCCAAGAAUUCUCUAACAGAUAAUGGCUAUGGAAGUGAAGAUGAUGAGGAAAGAGACCAAAAUUGUGGUUGCUGUGGAUGAGAGUGAAGAGAGCAUGUAUGCACUAUCAUGGUGUCUCAGCAAUUUCUCUUCUAAAAGUGACCAUAACACCAACACCACUCUCAUCCUUCUCUACGUCAAACCUCCUCCUCCAGCCUACUCCUCUUUGGAUGCUGCAGGGUACCUGUUUUCGACUGAUGCCAUUGGAGCAAUGGAGAAGUACGCCAACGAACUGGUGCAUUCAGUAAUGGAAAGAGCUGAAGCUGUCUACAGACACUCUGAGGUCAAAAUGAAUGUUGAGAAGAAAGUUGGGAGCGGAGACGCCAAAGAUGUGAUUUGCCAUAGUGUUGAGAAACUUGGAGCUGACACCUUAGUCAUGGGAAGCCAUGGUUAUGGUUUCUUCAAAAGGACUCUUCUUGGAAGUGUGAGUGAUCACUGUGCCAAGAAUGUCAAGUGUCCGGUGGUGAUUGUCAAGCAUCCCAAGCAAAACAGAAUUUAGGAGGGUUCUAAAGGAGAGGAGUAGGUUAUCAUGGGUGGGUGGUUCUAUUGAUUAAAAGUUGAUGAAAUGCUAAAGAGAGAAGAAACUUAGAGAGUAGACGAUCUGAAAUGUAAUUCUGAAUUUCAUGUAAAUAUGCAGCAUUUUGAACAUCUUGGAAAAAGUACAAAUUCCUAUCCAGAGUUACUACA